UAGUGUUAGACGCUAUCAUUUUAGUGACGAUUAAAAUUUACUCAAAUCUAAAAUUUCAAUAUGGAGGAAAUGUACUUUAAUGAAGUAUCUCAUAAUACAAAUGAAGAACCUGGACAUGAAGAAUACCAGAGCCCUGUUGAACAAAGCUCUAUAAGCACUUCUGAUUUAAUUCAAAAGGAAACUCAUUUAUUAAUCGAGCAGAAUAUUAAAUCCAAUAUUCAUAUUCAACAACUCUUAAGCAACAUAAGCGAAGCAACGGAGACAAUUGAUUCACAACGUAAUGAAAUUUUGAAUUUACAAACAAAAUUUGAGGGAAUCACUGAAUUAUAUAAAUUAGAAAUAUCGAAACGUGAAGAAGUAGAUGAAAAAAUUAGUUACAUGAAACGUAUUAGUGAAGCAUCCUUAAAAGAAUUAAAUACUUUAUUACAACGAGCGAAUGAUAUCGAAAAAGAUAAGGCUCAAUUGGAUACCAUUAUUACAAAUUAUCAAGAACGUACAGAAUGUAUUGGAAAUGAUCAAGCUACCAUUCAGAAUGGGCAAAUGGAAAAUGAGAAUUUAAAAUCGAAAAUUCAGAAUUUGGAAGAAAAUUUAGAGCAAUUAGUAAAACAGUUAGAUGAAAAUAAGAAAAUUUCUGACGAACAGCUCGAGAAUUGUAAAACAAAAUUAGCUGAAACCGAAACUAUGCUUCAAGAAGCAUUAAAUGAAAAGUUAAAAAUUACAACUCAAUUUGAAGAGAUUGAAAAGAAUUUAGCAGUACAAGUUGAAAAUGCUGCUAAAUUAAAUGAAACAAUUACACAAUUAAAGAAAGAAAAUCAAGAUUUUAACGAACGUAAUGAAAAGAUAUCAAGUGAAAUUAUAAAAGCUAAAACGAUGGAGAAAUCGUUGACUGAAGAUUUAAAUAAUUUACAAAUUAGAUUUAAUGAAGUCAGUAAAAAUUUAGAAAUAAGUACCAAUUUAUUGGUAAUCAAUGAUCUAAAUAAUAAUUUGGAUGUAAAAGAUACUUAUAUUAAUCAAUUGAAAACAAAAACUGUUCAUUUACAAAAUGAAAUCGAUGACUUGAAAUCUCGUAUUAAAAAUCAACAGAAUAUUAUUGAUCAAAAAUCUACAGAAUUUGAGUAA